ACACGAUUCGUGAGGUGCGCGAAAUUUUCUGAACUUGUAUUUUAAUUUCAACGCAUAUGCCACGAAAGUAUAAGAAAACCCCCGGAAAAAGGACGUAUCGAAAUUAUGCACCGGGAAGUGUGGAAAAAGCUGUUGAAGCAGUGAAUAACGGGAAACUUUCCAUGCGUCAAGCGUCAAAGAAAUUUGGUGUUCCCUACGGAACCAUUUUUAACAAAAAAAAAAUGGAUUGCACUCAUCGAAAAACGGCGGCCAGACUAUGCUUAGUGAAGGCGUCGAGAAUGAUCUAACGGAGACCAUCAAAAUUGCUGGAGAGUGGGGCUUUCCGCUGACCAAAAACAACAUUCAAUCGCUAGUGCGUUAUCACAUGGAGAGUCAGAACAUCGCGAAAAUCAAACCAAAUUCUCCCGGUAAGGAUUGGUGUUACGGAUACAUUAAACGAAGCAAAGAUGUCUUGUCAGUACGACAAUCGCAGAAUAUAAAAAGGAGCCGAGCUAAAGUUUGUCCAGAAACGAUAAAUUCAUACUUCGACAAACUUACUGAAACAAAUUUUGUGGAUGACCCUAAAUCCAAAAAGGCCGUCAUCAGAAAAGGAGAAAACCAUGCGGACAAAUUAUGGACCACUCGAAAAGCUCUUUUUCAGUUAUGUUUGCUGCUGCCGCGGACGGUUUCGUUCUUCCACCUUAUAUUGUCUAUGCUUCCGUUCACCUCUACAGCACAUGGACCGAAGGAGGGCCAAAGGGUACCAGAUAUAACCGUUCCAAAUCCGGCUGGUUUGAUAAAGUUAUUUUCGAGGACUGGUUUACUUCUAUGGCGUUGCCCUAUUUCAUGAAUCUGGACAAUGACUUGCCGAAAGUGAUCAUCGGGGAUAACGUAGCCUCCCACUUGUCAUAUAAAGUGAUGUAAAGCUGUUUAGAGAACAACAACAUUUUUUUUUCUUCACAAAUCAUUUAUUUGACACGGCACAAAUACAAUUCAAUGUUUAACGGCGCCAAUUAUAUCGGAUGACUUAAAAUCUAUAAGCAAAUUUUUUAUCCUCGCUGCCGACUACGAGCUGAAAUUAAGUCUAUCUUAAAACUAGCAUGUAUUAUUCAAUCAGUGUUUUGUAGUUGAAUGGUCGUCUGAUGAUCAUCGAAUGAAUAUGCAGCAUGUAU